AUAUAAAUCGUGGCCAUUCAAAUCCCCAACCGUCAAUAUCUCGGAAAAUGCCGCACUCAGCUACAAUAUAUCAGGAAAUUUCCCUCUUUCGCUCUCGGAUUCAAAAUCGAAGGGUUGAUGAUGUAACAAUUCGAGUUCUCGAGUCGAUUUUAGUUUCAAAAGAUGUGCAGUCGUCGAUUGAUUUCAAAUCGGUUUUGAAACGGUUCAUGAGAGAUGAAUCUCUUCUUAUCUUCGGUGAAAUCGCGGAAGAACCAGUCGAGAUUAAGCUUACAUGUGCUGAGUUUCUGAUUCGUGUUUUUGCUAUGAUUGGCGACGUCGAGAGUUGCUUGGCCUUGAGAUAUGAAGCAUUGGUUCUACGAGACGAGAUGGCUAGUAUUCACCCUUAUCUUCAAGUCACUUCUAAAGAAUGGCUCACCUUCACUGAGCAUUCACUUGAAAAUGGAUACCAUUCCAUUGCAAAUCAGGCAUGUGAAAAGGCACGUAUGUCCUCAGGCGCUGUUCACCUGGAAUCAGAUUAUUUGUUCCAUGAUGUGAAUGUGAUGGAAAAAAUCGGUAGAUUGAAGGAUGAUGCUUUGCUCAAGAUUUCUUCACAAUCUGUCCAGGCACAGGCUAAAGCAUACUCGAAGUGGAAAAAAGUUAAGGAGAGUGCACAACAGUUAACCAUCCCUACUGAAUCACAAAAAGGAAGUUCUCGGUUUAGAAGUGGGAUCAAAACGCAUAAUUUGCGGAAAUUGCAUGAAUAUCAAAGUCUUCGAAGGUUAUCCCGAUGAAGGGAAUCUGCAAUUAAUUCCGAGUUACUAAUAUGACAAUGCAGCUAAGCAUUGGCUUGUGAUGAAAUGAAGUCCAUUCGGUCACGUGCCUAUGUUAUCCUGCACAACUAGUUAAUUUCCCUUCUUCCACUUGGGAUUGUGCCUACGGUAGCGUGGAAUCAAGAAUGAUAAACAAGGUUAGAAUCCUAUUAUCCUUUAGUCACACACCUAACACAUGAAUUAGAUCAAACACUAUUAUUUUAUGGUUAAAUAAAUAGAAAUUUUAAAAGAACGCGUUACAAUGGAAUCGGACCCUAGACUUUUUGCUUCGAACGUUAAACACUAGGCCAACACACGCACUGAUGACCAAACAUGUUUCCUGCAAUUAUGAGGUGAGGUGGAUGAUGCUUUAGAGAUUGAUCAAAUUGGAGAUAUAAACACUUCGAAUCGGAUUCAUAGUGCAAUAUUUAUAUAAACAAACAUAGAAGAAGGAUUGACAUUUCGUAUUAUCAUGGAUACUUUAUCAAAUGCAAACAUAAUAAAUACUCCAAGUGUUUUUCGACACGUGUUUGGGGAUAAUGAUACUCCGUAAUAAAUAGUUAAAAUGGAGAGAAGGUAAAGUAAGAGAGAAUGAUGUAUAAUAAGUUUUCUUCUACAUUAUUAUCUCUUUUACUUUACUUUGACUCCACUUUAACUAUUUAUUAUCGUUUUUGUAAAACAACGGCUAAAAAGAAAUUAAUCACUUGAGCUGGGACGAAGGAGAUGAAGGAAGUAGUAUAUCAUUACACGUAGAAACACAAUGUUAUAUGAAAAGGGAAUUAUGAUAUCUUACAAAAUCUAGAAAAUACCUAUUAUUACAGCUGAACAAGGUAAUUUUUGUUUUUCGACACGGUAAUACCAGUAAUGUGAUAAACCUAAAUGCCAAACUCAUGUAACGUUUUGAUCAUCUAUAUUAAGCCACUGUCAUCCCUAGAAAGAAGUGUACAGUAAUAUGAAAUUACGAGCCAAUAGAUUGGUCGUCGAAGCAUCUAAAAAUAACACGUGUCUAGAAACUUCCCACCUCAACUCAAAGACAAAAUCGAUAAAAAAAAACAAUUAAUUAGAAAUAAAAUGAAAAUAGGGUUGCACCGUUUGUAGUGGGUUGGUUUGAAAAUGGAAUCUUCCAUAUCAGAAAACGCGCAUUAAAUGGGUGUCGCAUCGAAGGUCACCACGUUUUAUUUAUUUCGUCCAAGAGGGUGAAGAUGUCUGUGUUUUUGACUUAGUUUAAUCGAAACAAAACAAAGGAAACACGCUUCCACACGCAUUAAUUAAUUAAACAAACAUUACAAGGUUCUCAUCCUGUCUCACCACACACCGUCGCGCUUGCUUGAAACUUGAGUUCCUUUCAAAAUGCGCGUUUCAAGAGCUUAAUACUGUGUGUGUCUGUGUGUAAAUAUUUCAACAAAAUUGGCUUUACUAAUUAGUCUAAUCUUGACUAGUCUUUGCCCCCCUGAUCACCCUGCAAUUACUCUAAAUUAAUGAUGGAUUAUAUUUUUAUGACGAUACUUCCAUCUCAUUUUGGGGCUAUACUGAUUGCAAUACAAAAUAAUGAUGCGAGAGCUAAGAUCCUGUGGCGUGGAGUAUUUGUUAAGUAUUUUGUUAAAAUCUAUUGUCUUACAUGCUUUAAAAAGUACUCCACUAUAUGCUUUCAAUUUUAAUUGUGUUCCUAUAUAUAGUUGGUACAAGAUAUUGACUAUGAAUUAAUGAACUAUUACUCUACCAUGAUGGUUACGUGAUGAGAUAGAUAAAAAAAUACUAUAGGCUAAAUCUUGUUUAUUUGGAUGGUUCACAAUUUUGGGAAUAUUAUCACAGAGCACUUUCACUAGCUAAUUUUCCUUGAAUUAUAUUCCACUAAAAGAGUGUGACUGGAAAAAUCUAAGUAAUGAUAGAUAAAAAUAUCUAUAAAUGUUGGAGUUCAAAUCAUCUCAUAUGGGAGAAUCAGAAAAUGUGCAAACAAUAUAUAAAUUCAACCCCCCACUCCAUUAGUAUGAGGUAGAGAUGCCCACCGGUUCCGGUUCCGAACCGGAACCGUGUCAAUUUUUCCGAACCGGAACCGUCGCAUUUGGAACCAUGGUCCGGGUCCGGUUCCGGUUCAAGAUUUUUCGAACCGGAACCGUCACCGAACCGCCGGUUAACCGGCGGUUUCACGGUUCCGGUGAGAAAACCGAGGCGACAGCGGGGGCAGCUUUUUCAGCCGGUUUUGUCGGUCAAAACCGGCGGUUUUUGGACCGGAAACCGGCGGUUAACCGUGAAACCGGCAGUUUUCGGUUCCGGUGCGGAACACGAG